AAAUGGGUAAUGACGGAGGCUCAAUCCCUAAACGUAUUGAACUUGUUAAGGAAAAGCAAAAGGAAGUUCGUCCAGAUCAAAAUGCUCUGAAGGUUGCCAUGUGGUUUUUUUGCGCGUUAUCGAAGCGGCCUUUACAAGUUCCCGUUGUCGCUUGUGCACUUGGAAAGUUAUAUAACAAAGAUGCAGUAUUAGAAUAUCUAUUAAACAAAAGUGCCUAUGGUGAUGGUGAUGUGAUUUGCUCACACAUCACAAGCAUAAAGGACGUAAAGACGCUUAAUAUUGCACCUAACCCAGCCUUUAAAGAAUCUUCAGCAAGUGUUGCUCAUUUCGAACAAGGAAUGGUAUCUAGAUUUAUUUGUCCUAUUUCUAUGAAAGAAAUGAACGGCAAACUGAAGUUUGUAUAUUUGGACACAUGUGGCUGUGUAUUUUCAGAGCAAAGCUUAAAGGAAAUACCAAGUGAAGCAUGUAUUCAG